AUGUCCCCCUCCUCCAGUAUCAAUGAAAUUGAUGAAAAAGCUACCACAAGUAACGAGUACAUAUAUGCGGCACACGAAUUUGCAGCUGCUGAGCCUACAGAUUUCCCUGCUCCAGUCACUCCUCAUGCUGAUACCAAUGGCCCGUUCACAUAUCCGCCUGCUCCAGUCGCGCCUCCUACUGAUACCAUUGGUCCGUUCACAGAUCUUCCUGCUCCAGUGACUCUUCCUGCUGAUACCAAUGAUCCGUACACAGAUCUCCCUGCUCCAGUCGCACCUCCUACUGAUACCAAUGGCCCGUUCACAGAUUUCCCUGCUCCAGUCGCACCUGCUGAUACCAAUGGUUCGUACAUAGAUUUCCCUGUUCCAGUGACUCUUCCUGCUGAUACCAAUGAUCCGUACACAGAUCUCCCUGCUCCAGUCGCACCUCCUGCUGAUACCAAUGGUCCAUUCACAGAUCUCCCUGUUCCAAUCGCACCUCCUACUGAUACCAAUGGUCCGUUCACAGCUCUCCCUGCUCCAGUCGCACCUCCUACUGAUUCCAAUGGCCCGUUCACAGAUUUCCCUGCUCCAGUCGCACCUCCUGCUGAUACCAAUGGUUCGUACAUAGAUUUCCCUGUUCCAGUGACUCUUCCUGCUGAUACCAAUGAUCCGUACACAGAUCUCCCUGCUCCAGUCGCACCUCCUGCUGAUACCAAUGGCCCAUUCACAGAUCUCCCUGCUCCAGUCGCACCUCCUACUGAUACCAAUGGCCCGUUUACAGAUUUCCCUGCUCCAGCCACUCCUCCUGCUGAUACCAAUGGUCCGUUCACAGAUUUCCUUGCUCCAGCCACUCCUCCUGCUGAUACCAAUGGUCCGUACACAGAUCUCCCUACUCCAGCCACUCCUCCUGCUGAUACCAAUGGUCCUUUUACAGAUCUCCCUGCUCCAGUCACUCCUCUUGCUGAUGUCAAUAGUCCAUUUACAGAUCUACGUCUCAUCCACUGCUCCGUCACCAUCCACUGA